CUCCAUCUCGCGGCCCCCACGCUGCCCGUUGAGAUCGGCGACAUCGUAGCGGCGCCGAUGCCCCCGUCGCCGCCGGCGAUCUCGCCGGCGCGGCUGCACAAGCUGGUGACCGCGCAGAAGGACCCGCUCCUGGCGCUCGAGCUCGUCAACGUCACCUCCCCGACCACCACGCCGCACCCGGCCACCCUCCACGCGCUCCUCCUCCGCCUCUCCCGCCGCCGCGACCACCUCCCCCACGCGCUCGCCCUGCUCCGCCGCCUCCCGUCCCCGCCCUCCCCGCGCCUCCUCCUCCCGCUGCUCCUCUCCGUCCUCCGCCUCCGCCGCCCGCCCCACCUCUUCCUCUCAACCUUCAACACCCUCUUUGUCGCCGGCCCCAGCCCCCUCUCGCUCCACCCUCAGCUCCUCCUCCGCCUCCUCUCCGAGCUCUCCUCCACCGCCGCCUACUUCCCUUCCGCGCUCCACCUCCUUCGGCUUGUGUCCUCCCGCCUCCCCCUCCCGGCGCCGCUCGUCCUCGCCUCCCACAACCUGCUCAUCGAGGCCGCCGCCCGCUCCGGCCACCUCGCCGUCUCGCUCUCGCUCUUCCACCGCCUGCGCUCCCUCCACGUGUCGCCCGACGCCCACACCUACCGCAUGCUCACCCAGUCGCUGUGCCGCCGCGGCCAGGUCCGCACUGCCGCUACCCUGCUCGACGAAAUGCUGCACAGGGGCAUCCCUGCCGACCCUCUGGCCUACACCACUGUGCUCAACGCCCUCUGCCGCAAGAAAAAGCUCCGCGAGGCCUACCGAUUGCUGUGCCUCAUGCGAGGCCGUGGGGUCUCUCCUGACAUCGUGCACUACAACACCGUCAUCGUUGGAAUGUGCCGCGAGGGGCGACCACUCGAUGCCUGCAAGGUGAUUGGUGAUAUGACGGAUAGUGGCUGCAUACCGAAUGCAGCGUCGUAUGCAGCGGUUGUGAAUGGGUUGUGCGUGAGUGGGUUGUUUCACAAGGCAGAGACAUACUUGGAAAGUAUGGUGGCUAUAGGGAUUAUACCACAUUUUUCUGUGUUCCAUUCGGUGAUCAAGGGGUGUUGCACAGUGGGCAAGGUAGAGGAGGCUGCUAGGAUGAUGAGUCGGAUGCUUGAUCUCGGGAUGCCUCCACAUGUUGAGACAUGGAGUUCAGUGAUCAGCAGCGUUUGUAAUGACGAGGACUAUGUUGAGGUGAUUUUAUUGCAAAUGAUGAAAGGAAGAGGGCGCUGCUCGAACACAAUCUCCAGGAGUACCUCGUGAUGAUGUUGCGUGGUGUGGUGGCAGAGAUUUAAGAAGCAAUCAAUUUGUAGUUCCUCAUUUUUGGUGACGAUUUGAACAAUCAGCCUUGCAAGGUGUGCAAACUGCAAAGUAGGCGUGGAGCUCAUAGUUGGGGAAACAGAGGCUGUCAACCAGUUGGAGUCAAGAUCAAGAUGCAGAUGAUCAAGAUGCCAAGAGUCCAUCCUAGUACCUGGUGUCGAGACCUGCUGGAUACGCCGUUCUGCUCAAAGGAAGAUACUGGGGCUAUAUUAUGUGGAAUGUGGUCCAGUUGGAUAGUAUGCAAUGGUCGCCACCAUGGCGAAGUGCCAAUGAAGUUAACCUCUCCAUGUAGGUGGGCUUGAGAUGUUGCUGCAGAUCUACUGCAUUCAAAUAGAAACAACGUGGAUCAAGAGAAACAAAAGAUGGACUCUAAAUGGCACCCUCCUGCUCCACAGCCGCUAAACUGAAUGUUGAUGCUGCGUUCAAGGCAACUGAUAACCAGGGAGCUACUGGAGCUGUUAUUACUUAUUAGAGAUCAAAAUGGCAGCCUCAUUGCAGCUUGAUGUUUCUGGUAUGAUUUCUCUCCUGUUGUGUUGACUGCUGAAGCCUGUGCUUGUAGAGAUGGAGCACCGCUGAUCCCUGAAAUCUGAAUCGGUGCACAAAUGCUUUCACUUUUGCGUUCAAUAGCGGAAAACACAAAUGCUUUCACUUUU